CCGACUCCUGGAAGUCGACUCCGAUAUCUUUGGGAAUGUUUCACGCGCUAUCAUGGGCUAAGGCGCGCCUUUAGAUAAGAAGUUGGCUUAUCUCUUUGAACUAGCCAGAUGAGUCGCGAAUAUCUUCAAAGUAUUGAUGAAUAAGAUAUCUAUAUGGCAAGUAUAAAUGCAGAUGGAAGGUAACAUGUCAAGUUGCUUGGGUGUAGAUUGAGACUUAAGGUGAAGCUUUUCGGGAAAGCUUGUUCAACGAGCCCUAUCAAGAUCCCUGUUUCCGAACUUUUGCCUCAUUAACUCCUCAACCCGUCGAAAUUUUGUUGUUGCGAACAUCUGCAAGCAAAUAUGAUGGAAACAAAGACAGAGGGCGACAGCGACAACAAGGCCAGCGGCCACGUUGCGACGUCAUCCCACCCGGAAUCUAUCGAAGCUACGGAAACUGCAGAGCUGUCAACCAAGCGCGGUCUUUCUGCCCGACAUGCACAAUUCAUCGCCCUUGGUGGAACCAUUGGCACUGGCCUUUUCGUCGGUUCCGGCAGCACCCUCGCCCGCGGCGGACCGGCCUUCCUCGUUGGCAGCUACGUCGUGAUGUCAGCUCUGAUCUACUUGGUCUUGACUGCAGUCAUCGAAAUCUCGACGUAUCUUCCGCUGCCAGGUGGCACCAUGAACUACUACGGCAGCCGUUACGUAUCGCGAAGUCUUGGUUUCAUGAUGGGAUGGCUCUACUUCUACUCUUUUGCCAUCUUUGUCCCCUUCGAGCUCACGGCAUCAGCCCUGGUCAUCGAGUACUGGCAUCCGAAUGUUAAUAAUGCCGUCUGGAUCACGAUCAUGUUGGUAAUGGUUGUCGGUCUCAAUCUUCUACCCGUCAAAUUCUACGGCGAAACGGAGUUUUGGUUCGCCGGACUGAAGGUUUUGACUAUUGUCGGCCUGCUGAUCCUCUCAAUCGUUCUGUUCUUCGGAGGCGGUCCAACUCACGAGCGCCUAUAUUUCCGAUACUGGAAUGACCCAGGUGCUACCAAGGAGUUAAUCGUCUCAGGCGACGCAGGCAGAUUCGUGGCCGCCUUGUCAACUCUUCUCAGCAGCGUUCUUCCGUUCACCUUUUCACCUGAGAUGGUUGUCGUAACCGCCGGAGAGGUUCAAUCUCCUCGCAGGAACCUGCCGAAAAUUGCCCGCAACUUCUUCUGGCGAUUGAUCGUCUUUUACAUUGGGGGGACCAUUGCUAUUUCCGUCAUCUGCCCUUCCAACGCACCGGCACUCACUAGCGGAAGCUCUGGAGCUGCGGCCUCGCCAUGGGUUGUAGGAAUUAAGAACGCGGGAAUCAAGGGACUCGACAGCGUGAUUAACGCCGUCGUCGUUACGGCUGCCUGGUCCGCCGGCAACUCAUUCCUCUACUUGGCAAGUCGAUCUCUGUACUCGAUGGCCUGUGAAGGUAGCGCUCCACGGAUCUUCAAGCGGUGCACCAAGCAAGGAGUUCCCAUCUACGCCGUUAUUGCCAGCUCGUUGUUCUCACUCUUGGCUUACAUGAACGUCAACUCGAACGCGGCAGACGUGUUCAACUGGCUUCUGAAUCUUGUCAAUACUGGCGGCUUCAUCUCAUGGGUCUGCUGCGGAAUCAUCUACAUCCGCUUCCGCAAGGCCUGCGACGUUCAAAACUUGCCGAAAUCAGCUCUUGUUGCACGAUCAUUUUUGCAGCCUGUUGGAUCAUACAUCUCGCUAUUCAUUUUCGGACUUCUCUGUUUGCUCAACGGCUUUACUGUUUUUUUUCCGUCCCGCUGGUCCGUGGCCGACUUCUUGUCUGCGUACAUUGGGCUGCCAUUGUUUGUUGUCAUCUACUUUGUUCACCGAUUUUUGCAUCGCGCCGAUUCCUGGGCUAUCUCCUCCCACGAGGUUGAUCUCAAGACUGGUUUGGCCGAGUUAGAGGCAGAGGAGGCGAUGGAAGAACCUAAAGAAGGGUUGCGGGCGCGCUUCAAGCGCCAUGCAGGCAAAUCGUCUUAGAGGGGGAUUUAAGCGCAUGAAUGAUAGGGCGUCGCAGUCUCCUGCCUGGAUCUAUGAGAAGACUAAUACGACCUAAGGACCUAACAGUGCGUAUGAUUUACUUCAUAAAACAAUUGGUAAUCUCAGAUAAAGUAUGAAUGAUAUUAGACAAGCUUCUCGGUUUCAGUUUCCACAGAUGUCAUCCUGUUCUCACCUCUUUUAACCUAGAAAUCUUAGUCAAUUACCCAUCAUGAUGCGACAGGUCAGAGUUCUCAUAGUGGGCUGCGGCUCUGUGGGAAGCAUGUGCGCGUACGCACUUCAGAAGUCCGGAGAAGCUGAGGUCACUGCGAUACUGCGGUCCAACUAUGAUCUAGUCUACGCCCAAGGCUUUCACAUUCGAAGCAUUGACCACGGAGAAAUCAAUAGUUGGAGACCUCAUCACAUGGAAAGAUCCC